AGGCGCGUCCCGGACAGAUUGUCAAGGUGUGGACACGGCGAAAGCGCGAGUGGGGACACAGUGGCGUGCUUUUGGAAAAGGAGUGGAUGCGUCCUCAAAAAAACAGCUAGAGGGGUGAACACCAGUCCGUUUUUACCAAACCAAUAUGUGCACCAAGGCGGGACUGCCGUCACCCUUUGAAGUUCAAGAUAUAUAAGUCGUCAAGGACUCGCGUCUUUUACCGUCACUUAUGAGCUGAAGUACGAAGAGCGCAGGUAGAACAGCAGAGCCGGAAGAACUCGCAUUACUGGUCGCGUUCGGUUUGUUUUGCUUCUCUCAAGUGGACUAUCUUUGAUAUUAUCACAUAAAUGAAGUGAGUUUUAAACUAAUAGUUUUCCGAGUUAAAGAAAUUAUGACGGACAUGAGGAAAAAUAAACUCUUCGUCCUGGUGGACGUGAUGUGUGUUGUUGUAGCUUCUCUGCCCUUUGUGAUAAUGAAUAUCGUAUACCAGCCAUACGAGCAAAGCAUCCACUGUCAGGACGAGAGCAUUAGUUACCCUCUCAAACCAGACACAAUCACCCAUGUGACACUGGCUAUAGUCACCAUCACCUGCACUAUCAUCAUCAUAUCGUCAGGUGAAGCAUAUCUGGUCUACAGCAAAACUAUUCACUCCAACUCUACUUUUAAUCAGUACGUGGCUGCUAUAUAUAAAGUGCUUGGUGCCUUUCUGUUUGGGGGAGCUGUCAGCCAAUCGCUGACGGAUUUGGCCAAGUACACCAUUGGACGACCACGACCACAUUUCUUAACAGUAUGUGCUCCAAAAGUCUGCAAAGGAUAUGUGGCUUUAAACGACUGCACUGGUGAAGCAAAUGCUGUAACUGAAGCCCGGUUGUCUUUCUACUCGGGUCACUCCUCCUUUGGGAUGUACUGCAUGCUGUUUCUAGCGUUCUAUGUCCAGGCAAGACUGAAUGCAAAAUGGGCUCGUCUCCUGAGGCCCACCAUCCAGUUCUUCCUGGUGGCCUUUGCCGUGUAUGUAGGCUACACUCGUGUGUCUGAUUAUAAGCACCACUGGAGCGAUGUGCUGGUGGGGCUCCUCCAGGGGGCGCUCAUUGCAAUUCUCACUGUGCGAUACGUGUCAAAUUUCUUCAGGGUGCGUCCAUAUCCUCAGUGCUCAAGUGCAGAGUUAGCGGAAAAUGAGGAGCGGAAACCAAGUUUACAUUUAAGUGAGGUAGAACACAACAACCAUUUAGGCUAUUCUGGAUCUGCGUGAGAGAAAUUAGGCCGAGCACUACAUUUCCCACAAACCACUGGACUGACGGGAGGGGGCGGAGCAAGACUGCACAUGCUCACUAUUGUCCUCCUUGAGGAAAAAAAAACAGAAGCUUUAGUGUCUCUUCCUUUCCUUUGAAUGAAAGAGAACUUUUAUACAUAUUUAAUCAAUUAUCAAUUAAAGUAAUUUGCAGAGGAUGUUGAGGGGAUGGAUUGAUUUGGUUUCUUGUUGUUUUUAUAAAUCUGUAUACUGGACCAGGUUUUAUACAAAGUCAUGUACGGCAUGUAUAAUCUUAUUUGAAUUGUAAAUCUUCUUGUGUAAAUAAUGGCUUGCUUUUCUCAUAAUUUGACAAACCAAACAGAAUCCCACAUUCUGUCGUUAAAAAUAUCAGAAAUCACUUAUAAUGUGCCUUAAUAAUUAUAUAGUAAUCUGGACUGCAAGUAGUGAAUAAUAUAAAGAAAAAAUCGUUAGGAUAUGUUUUUUUUUUGUUCCCCUAUGUUUAAAAUUUGAACGUGAGAUACCACUAAAGCAUCUGCAAGCCUCUUUUAUUUCAAUUUUUGCAUGUUAAAAAAGCUGGCUUUAUUGAACUAUUGAAUUGUUGUUUGCAUUUGUCCAAAUUCCUAUUAAAUAUUUGUAAUAUUAA